GCAAUCUCUAUAGAAACUGUACCGCAUUGAUACUUCUUAGCUACCCAGUCGGUGCCCAGUGGAGCAUUUUAUAUAAUUCCCGUCCAAAUGCGAUCGUCUCUGAGUCUUCUGGCUUCCGUAUCCCGCAGCCAGCCCUCGAAGCUCAGGAAGCCAACCGUUAGCCUUGAUCAUUUCAUCCAAAGGCAACGAGUCAUUUCUCUAUGGCGUGAGAUCGUGCGAGCGCUCAAUAAAAUACCCAGCUCGUCCACCAAGGAUGAACUGCACAGAUAUGCUCGUGGGGAGUUUGAGCGUAAUAGAAACGUUACGGAUUUGCAACAUAUACGAUAUCUUAUCUCGACCGGAAAGUCCGAGUUCGAUAUGAUGAGGCGGUAUAUUGACGAGCAGGUUGUUGGCUAAGGGCGGGGGGUUCUCGCCAGGAUCAGCACUAAUUAAGAUACAGGCUAAGGUCCAGAGAGUUGAGAUCAAUGGUUAAGAGAUGGAGAGUGAUAUUCU